AUGGUUUCCGUUUCUUCCCCACAUUUUGUAAUAUUCCCAUUCUUGGCUCAAGGCCACACCAUUCCCCUCAUCUACCUUGCUCGUAUACUCUGGCAGCACCAUCUCCCUGUCACAAUAGUCACUACCCCCGCCAACUCUCCAUUAGUCCGCUCUACUCUCCAAGAUGCUGCCAUCUGCGUUGUUGAACUAGCUUUCCCAGAAAAUAUUGAAGGAAUUCCUUAUGGGGUUGAAAAUACUGAUAAACUUCCCUCCAUGUCACUGUUUCAUCAAUUCGCAAAUGCCACGAAACUGAUGCAGCCACAUUUUGAAAAAGCACUUGAGGAUCUCCAACCGGUGGGAUGCAUAAUAUCAGAUGCAUUUCUUGGAUGGACUCAAGAUUCUGCAGCAAAGAUGGGAAUUCCAAGAAUCGGUUUCUAUGGAAUGAGCAGCUUUGCUUCAACCUUAUCCGCGAUUAUCGCUAUUGAAAGGCCCCAUGCACUUACUACAUCAAUUGAUGAGCCCUUUUCUAUCCCUAGCUUCCCUAAAUUAAGCUUAACAAGAAAUGAUUUCAUGCCACCAUUCGGUGAUCUUGAACCAAAAGGUCCUUGGGUUGAUUUCAUGAUAGAGCAGAGCACCGCAAUGGCAAAAAGCUACGGAGUGAUUGUCAACAGCUUUUAUGAGCUUGAACCAGCCUAUACCGACUAUUGGAACGAAUGCAUCGGACCCAAAGCCUGGUGUCUUGGCCCUUUCUCAGCAGCCAAGCCACCAGCAAUAUUAGCUAAAGAAUCAGAAAAGCCAGCAUGGAGGCUCUGGCUUGACGAGAAAUUGAUGAGUGGAGAACCAGUUUUGUACGUGGCAUUUGGAACUCAGGCCGAAAUAUCCCAAGAGCAACUGCUUGAAAUCGCAAAUGGUCUAGAAAAAUCCAAGGCGAAUUUCCUGUGGGUCAUAAGAUCAAAAACCCUGGAAAUCUUGGAAGGAUUUGAAGAAAAGGUGAAGGAUAGAGGGAUCAUAGUGAAAGAGUGGGUUGAUCAAAUGGAAAUAAUCAGGCACAAGAGCGUACAAGGGUUCUUGAGUCAUUGUGGAUGGAACUCAGUUACCGAAGCCAUUUGCGCAGGAGUGCCCAUCUUGGCAAUGCCAACGAUGGCUGAACAACAUCUGAAUGCAAGACUUGUGACAGAAGUUGUCGGUGUAGGACUGAGAAUUGUGCCAUGCAAUGGAUCAGUGAGGGGCUUUGUGAAGUCGGAGGAAGUGGAGAAGAAAGUCAGAGCGCUGAUGGAAGGAACAAAAAGGCAGGAGAUAAGGAGGAAGAUGAAGGAGGUUGGAGAAGCUGCUUGUGGAACAAUGAAAGAAGGUGGUUCCUCAUGGAAAUCUUUAGAGCAACUCAUCCAUGGCAUAAGAAAUUAUAGGAAGAAAUAA